AUGAUGAUGAUGAUGAUGAUGAUGCUCAUCGCGCAUAAUGGGUCAGUUGCAGAGGCACUGGUGGACGCAACUGGUGUGAAGCAGGACCGUCUAUUCGCUCCCACCCUCACCAUCCGUAUCCUUAGACUCGCUACGGCUGUGAGCAUGCCUGAUCUAGCCGGCCUGAAUGAUGUCACGGACGGUAUCUCUUCAUGUGUGACGAUUGGCGGUAACGGAUCUGGAGAACUCCCCCCAGUCUCUUAUCUAGCGACGGAGACCGAAAGUAGAAGGUCCAAGGACCACUUCCAGGUCCUGAAGAACUGA